CUCGUCUUCUUUUGUUGCCGGGUUCGAUAGUUUGGUAUUCGUCACUGGCAAAGCUUAUCCGAAAUCCCAUCAAUGGCUGCUCCUUAUGCUUCCUCUGUUCCAUCUCUGCCGUUGCCUUGUCCUAAGUCGCCCCCUCAGUAUCCCGAUUUGUACGGGAAGCGUCGGGAGUUGGUGAAGGUUCAGAUGAUUGAAAGAGAGAUCGGUUUUCUGGAGGAGGAGUUAAAGUCACUAGAAGGUCUUCAACCUGCCUCCAGAUGCUGCAAAGAGGUUGACGAAUUUGUAGGGGCUAACCCAGACCCUUUAAUUCCUGUAGAUGGGAAGAUUCGUAGAUCCCAUCGCCUCUGGAAGUGGCUCUGUGGAAAGAAGUCAUGCUUCAACUUGUCGUGGAUUUGCUGCUACAGUAGUUGCUCACUUCAUCUAGAAUCACUAAGCUGUUGUGCCUGUCGACCAUCUGUAAACUUGCUACGUUGCCACUGUCUCCACUUCUGCCAGUUGAAAAGAAUAUCUUGUGGUAAGUGUUGCUUUCUUCCUAAUCUUUCCUGCCCUGAUUGCUGCUCAUGCAGCAGAUGUACAUGUUCUUGCCCUAAAUGUACAAAUUUUUGUUAUUGUCCCAACUGUACAAAAACCUGGUGUAACCUUUGUUGUCUAUGUUAUUAAGAAUGCUCCUGCACUCAUUCCUAUGUUAUUUCUUGAUGUUAGAAUUUUAUGCAAUGGGAGUACAGGAAGUGCUCUAGUAAAUUAAAUCCAAGGUAUAAUUAUUUAAAUAAAUUGAUGAAGUAAUAAACUAUGAUAUGUUUCUACUGAAAUAUCUUUUUCCCUUU